GGAGUGGCCAAUCUCUGGGAGGGAGUGGGACAGCACCUCUUGCCCCUACCCCUGAAAUGACCUUGACUGGACAUGUGGAUGGGUCAAUAAAAUUCUGGGAUGCCUCUUCUGUGGGACUCCAGAUUCUUUACAAUUUGAAGACUGCAAACGUAUGGCCUAUUCCAGUUCACUUGAGUCCAUCCCAGCCUCCCCAACUGCAUCCCAGCCACCCCAGUACAUCCCAGCCUCUCCCAGUGCAUCCCAGUUCAUCCCCAGUUCAUCCCCAGCCUCUCCCAGUGCAUCUCAGCCACUCUUGGUGCAUCCCAGCCUCUCCCAGUGCAUUUCAGCCUCUCCCAAUCCAUCCCAGCCUCCCUCAGAGCAUCCCAGCCUCCCUCAGUGCAUCCCAGCCUCCUUCAGUGCAUCCCAGCCUCUUCCAGUCCAUCCCAACCUCUCCCAGUGCAUCUCAACCACUCUUGGUGCAGCCCAGCCUCUCCCAGUCCAUCCCAGCUUCUCCCAGUGCAUCUCAGCCACUCUUGGUGCAUCCCAGCUUCUCCCCAGUGCAUCUCAGCCUCUCCCAAUCCCAUCCCAGCCUCCCUCAGAGCAUCCCAGCCUCCCUCAUGCCACCUGUCUCUCCCAGUGCAUCCCAUCCUCUCCCAGUGCAUCCCAGCCUUUCUCAGUCCAUCCUAACCUCUCCCAGUGCAUCACAGCCUCUCCCCACUGUAUCCCAGCCUCCCCCAGUGCAUCCCAGUCUCUCCCAGUGCAUCCCAGUCUCUCCCAAUGUAUCCCAGCUUCUCCCAGUCCAUCCCAGCCUCUCCCAGUGCAUUCCAGCUUCCUCCAGUGCAUCCCAGCCUCUCCCAGUGCAUCGCAGCCUCUGCCAGUGGAUCCCAGGCUCUCCCAGUGCAUCUCAGCCUCUCCCAGUACAUCCCAAUCUCUCCCAGUACAUCCCAGCCUCCUCAUAGUGCAUCCCAGCCUCUCCCAGUACAUCCCAGCCUCUCCCAUUGCAUCCCAGCCUCCCCCAGUUGCCUCGAGGUGCCAGUCAUUUAUGAAGUGUAUGAAAGCAGAAACGGGUCUCCAGAAUAUGAUUUUUGCCCAAGAUCUUCCCUUCAGUCGAGCCACAGCCAAUAGUCUGGAGACCCUCACCUUUGUACUAUUCCUGAUAGACUUUGCUGCUGCUGCUGCUGCUGCCUACGUAUGGGUCAAAGGUUAG